AUGAAACUUUUAUCAUCGGUGGCGUCCCCGCGGGGCUCCAACUCGUCGUUCGGGUCCGUGGGCGUGCUCGACGACGAGCUGCGCGUCGGCCGGGACCGGGCGUCCGAGCUCGUCGGGCGGUUUCAGGGAAUCGUCGUCGGCACCGACGUUGAUGGGGGCGCCGAGUUCCUGACUUCCUUCACCUGCGUGUUCACCGCCGGCGAGUACAAGGGGAGCACGCUGUCCAUGCAGGGCCCCGUUCUCGGGUUCAACGGCACCAUCGAGCGCCCCCUGGUGGGCGGCACCGGCAAGUUCAGGUUGGCCCGCGGCUACUCCCUGUUCAAGCUGCUGGGAAACCCGACUCCGGCGACGGUCCUCUUCGAGAUGUACCGGGGCAAGUACUAG